AUGGUGAAGGUCGGAGUGAAUGGAUUUGGCAGGAUUGGAUUCUUGGUCACCAGAGCUGCUUUUAAGUCUGACAAAGUGGAUGUUGUUGCCAUCAAUGACCCCUUCAUUGACCUCAACUACAUGGUCUACAUGUUUCAGUAUGAUUCCACUCAUGGCAAAUUCAAUGGCACAGUCAAGGCUGAGAAUGGUAAACUUGUCAUCAAUGGAAAGUCCAUCUCCAUAUUCCAGGAGACAGAUCCUGCCAACAUCAAAUGGGGUGGUGCUGGUGCUGAAUAUAUAGUAGAGUCCACUGGUGCUUUCACUACCUUGGAGAAGGCUGGUGCUCACUUGAAGGGUGGGGCCAAAAAGGUCAUCAUUUCUGCCCCUUCUGCUGGCCCCAUGUUUGUGAUGGGUGUGAACCAUGAGACAUAUGACAACUCCCUCAAGAUUGUCAGCAAUGCCUCCUGCACCACCAACUGUUUGGCCCCCCUUGCCAAAGUCAUCCGUGACAACUUUGGUAUUGUGGAGGGAUUCAUUACCACAGUCCAUUCCAUUACUGCCACCCAGAAGACCGUGGAUGGCCCCUCUAGGAAGCUUUGGCGUGAUGGCCGAGGGGCUGCCCAGAACAUCAUCCCCGCUUCUACUGGUGCUGCCAAAGCUGUGGGCAAGGUCAUUCCUGAGCUGAAUGGGAAGCUUACUGGCAUGGCCUUCCGUGUUCCUACCCCCAAUGUGUCAGUUGUAGAUCUGACCUGCUGCAUGGGGAAAGCUGCCAAAUAUGAUGAUAUCAAGAAAGUAGUGAAACAGGCAUCACAGGGCCCACUCAAGGGCAUCCUGGGCUACACUGAGGACCAGGUUGUUUCCUGUGAUUUUAACAGUGACACCCACUCCUCCAUCUUCGAUGCUGGGGCUGGCAUUGCCCUCAAUGACCACUUUGUCAAGCUCAUUUCUUGGUAUGACAAUGAAUUUGGCUACAGCAACAGAGUGGUGGACCAGAUCCACAUGGCCUCCAAGGAGUAA